AAUACCGUAUCCCGGAUCACAGACCCUAAAGAAUCGCGUUUCCCGAGUCCCAUACCAAAAGCCUUCGAACCCAAUCAUCGCCCGAGUCGGUUACGUCUCGUACCCUUCUCCUCCCUCCUCUCUUCUCUACUAUUGCCAUGGCAGUUUCCCUCCCUUCUCCCCCAAAACCCCUAGCUUUCUCCACCCACGAGAACCCUAACCCCCCAACUGAUCCCCAAAUCUCUCAUCGUCUCUAGAUCUCGCUCCAAUGGAGCCCUCUCGGAAGCCCUAAUCCCGGCCGGAGAUGGCGAUCGUCACGGGGGAUCGGUAUUUGGUGUACUUGGUGAGAUAUGUGGAGAGGAACGCGGGUUUGCUGCUGGACGGGGCCCUGACGCUGAAGCUGAACCCUGUGGGGCUCCGCUAUGUGCAGUCGCGGCUGGAGGCGCUGCAGGAGCUGGAGGGCCUCCUUGCCGGCGCCCCAGUCGACUACCUCCGGGCCUAUGUCUCCGACCUCGGGGACCACCGCGCGCUCGAGCAGCUCCGGCGGAUCUUGCGCCUGCUGACCUCGCUGAAGGUGAUCUCCGUGUUGCCGCCGCCUGCCCGGGACCCGACGCCGGUGUCGCUGCUGCCGUUCGGGCGGCUUCGGGUACUGGAGCUGCGGGGGUGCGACCUGUCCACGUCUGCAGCGAAAGGGCUGCUGGAGCUUCGGCACACGCUCGAGAAGCUCAUAUGCUAUAAUUCCACUGAUGCACUCAGGCAUGUAUUUGCCAGUAGAAUUGUGGAUAUAAAGGAUUCUCCAGCAUGGAACCGGCUGUCUUUUGUCUCAUGUGCUUGGAAUGGUUUAGUUCUUAUGGACGAGUCCUUGCAAUUACUUCCUGUUGUUGAAACUCUGGAUCUGAGCCGGAAUCGGUUUGCAAAAGUGGAUAAUCUUAGGAAGUGUACGAAGCUGCGGCAUCUGGAUCUUGGGUUCAAUCACUUGCAGACAAUAGCAUCAUUUAGUGAGGUUUCUUGUCGAAUAGUUAAACUUGUUUUAAGGAACAAUGCACUAGCUACGCUACAUGGAAUUGAAAAUUUGAAAUUGCUUGAAGGGCUUGAUCUUUCAUAUAAUAUCAUUUCCAGCUUCACAGAGUUGGAGAUCCUUGCAAGUCUUUCAUGUUUACAAAGCUUAUGGCUGGAAGGAAAUCCAAUUUGUUGUGCUCGAUGGUAUCGAGCACAUGUCUUCAGUUUCUUCUCCAAUCCAGAGAAGCUGAAAUUAGAUGAAAAAGGAAUUAGCACAAGAGAGUAUUGGGAAAGGCAUGUAAUAUUUUCAAGAAGACAAAAACGACCUGCAGGGUAUGGUUUCUAUUUUCCAGCAAAAGAUGAUCCUGAGGAUGAGAACAUUAGAAAUACAAAGAAGAAAAAUUCUCGUCUUGCUUGUAUCGUGGAUGAGGAGCAAAGGAGAUAUCUCAGCUCAGAAGCUGUUGAUCAAGAAUCACUGUCUUGUGAUAGUGAUAGUUUGAAGAAAGAGGAGAAUGCUGUUUCAGACAGUGAAAUAAAAAUAGUCAGUUUGAUCAAUAGAGCUGAAUACAUGAAGAAGGAGCGAUCUGUCCUUUGGUUGCGAGAAUUUAAGGAGUGGAUGGAUCAGACUGUUGAGGAUAAAGUGGAUAAAAGCCAGUGUGAAGAGUUUGAAGCAGAUUCUUGUAAAGAAAUGGAUACGAAACAAAGCAAGGGUCAUAAACCCUUUGGGGAAAGCUCCAAGCAUGUUGCAGACCUUGCACAAACUUCAGAAGGUGGCAGUAGCUCAAACAUUUCGGAAUCUGACAUAUCAUUCAUAGAUACAUAUGCUGGUGGCCGUAGCAGAGACUUCUUUGAUUCUAAUGGCAGAGCUUUGGAACCCUCAGUGGUGAAUAAUGGCCAUGUCUCAAUGUUGGAACUAAAAAUUGGAGUGAGCGAUGAGAAGGAUCAAUUGAGGGUUCCUUCAAGGAAACCACAGAAUCUUUCUCCUUUGGAGGUAAAAGGUUACUUUCAAUAUAGUUCUUCAACGGUCAAAGGGGGUGAGGAGAUGGAACCAAAGAUGAGCCCAGCACCAUUGGCUGCCAUAGAUGAGAUAAUAGGGCCACGCCCAUCCUCAAUCUACCCCAAGUCGCCUCCACAUUAUCAAGAGGAUAUUCUGCACCGCAGACUAUACUGGGAGGAAGAGUUCCUGCAACUAUCAGCUGAGUCACAUUCUGUGGGAUCAUCAGACAGUGAUACCAGCUGUAGUGAUCAUGCUUUAUGUGAAUUCAAUUCAUCCAGUUCUGAGCUUGAUUGUUCACUAAUUCAGACAUCCAUAAAUCAUGUCGUUGGUGACCCCUCAGAUACAUUGCUUUAUGAAGAUAAUCACUUUGAGGGAAGGGAAGAGAAACCAUGCUUAGGAGAGAACAGCAUCUCUUCAUCUGAUUAUUUUGCUCAAAAUGACUGCAGUUUUGGGAAUCAGUUUUUACCAACCCAUAACAAAGCAUGUUUGCUUAAUGAGAUUUCAGCUGAUGCUGGUGGCAUGGGGAAGCAAAAAGCUAGACAAAAGAUUAAGAGGAGGGUUGUCUCACUUUCAGAAAAUUUUCACGCUGUAGCAGAAUUUCAGAAGUCCAAUGGAAUUCUAGAAGCUGGUAACAAUGAUGUGAAAGAUGCAAAUGGACAACCAAGUUGCAAUGUGAACUUUGUCCAUCAUUAUUGCAAGGAAGCUGCUCUUGUUGCACCACAUAGUCAUGAUAAAAUUUCAACCAUGGCUAGUGCUGAUGGUUCUCCUACAGAGAUCAAAACCAACUCUAUUGAUUCUGAGCAGGAUGAUUGCAUAAAAAACCUUUUUCACAUGAAAAUUGCAGAUUCAAGAUCUUCUGAAACUUGUGAGGGAUUGGUUCAUUGUGGUUGUAUAUUUCAACUUGGAUCUGUCUUUCAAGAGAGCGAUGUUGCUUUAGUGCGAAGCUCUAAGAACAAAUUGUAUAUUCUACUUAUUGAUGCGACAUCUGACAGGCGAGGAACUAUCUCCAAAGUUUUGGGAUGCCAUAGGCAGGAGGAUAUAAGAAAAGUUAUAGUAGGACUGGGACUACAAGCUAUAAGGGUACGCUUGCAGAGAAAUGUAACAUAUGUGUUCUUAACAAGGACUCCUCAGAUCUCGGAAGAUCUAUUCCACCUGUUACAAAUAUGUUGUUCUACUUCAUUGAGUAGUGGAUGUUCUCUGCAGAGUUGGGAGCAGGUCCAGGUCAAAUUGCUUGAGAAACAUAUUUAUGGAAAUCUAAAGAUGGGCAUAUUCAUGUACUCAAUGCUUCUGUUUUGGCACGAUUCUGCCGAAGGGGAAUCAUGGCUGGCAAGAUCUCUUUUUGUGAUUGAAGGAUAUAUUCUUGUAUGCAUUGAGAAUCUGGAACAUUUUGGCUCUUUUACGGAUGAUUUUGAAUUAUCUCGCCCAUAUUACUCUCUUGACUCAUGCUGCCCCAUUAAGAACAUAUUGGAAAUGGUCGUUGAACUUGGUGAUAAUAGAUGUUUGACCUUGACUCUUGACAAUGUUGUAUCUGGGAAUUGCUGCUUUGCUGACAAGAUUAUUAAGGAAAUUGAGCUGGAAGGGGAGCCUAUGAAGGUUCAUAAAUGGAAACUCAAGUGGUUUUCUGAGGACACCAUGUCAAAGUUUGUUGCACUGCUGAAGGCUAUCCAUUCAGGAGUGACAGCAUCUCCUUUACCUGUAAAUUGUAUAUGUUGAUGUGCAUUGUUGCUAGUCCUGUAGUCAUUUUAUUCAUUCUUUCAAUGUUGCCUUUCCCAAAUAUUUUUUUGUACAGCUGCUUUGCUUAGCAAGCAUGUCUUUAGCUUUGUAUUCUUUGUUCUGCAUCGUUUCAAGUAUUUUUUUUUUGGUGUGUAUAGUUGCAUAGGGUGUUAGAUGAAGUUGUGUGCUUGUGUCAAAAGUGUAAAUCUAAUUUUGUACUGGACAUCCAUAAGAAGAGACUCGAUUGCUGGGCAACUCUGGCGCUAUUUUUUGAUACUCGUGGGACUCUCUGCCAUGGUUUUCAGCAAAAAAUAUAUGUUUAUUUCUUCUUGUCAUGUACAUACUAUUUCUUCAAGAUUUGCCUUGCUGAUGUAUCUAUAUCUUAUGUCUGUGUCUCACAUUUGUAUCCAGCUUUAUACCAAAGUGGAGGAGACUUUGGCAAAUGCACCAGGUGCUGAAAAAGCAGGACUUAUGUUGU